GCCUGUUCUUCGUCAGAAGACACUUGUCUACAUCAUCUCCUUCGCCUAAAGAUUUGUACAUCCUGGUGUUGAGUUGUCGACACACUACCAGAACGCCGAAGUCCGAGCAUCACACCACCUCGUCGCUCCGCUCCGCGAAACCAGUUCACCCCAAAAAUCAAAACAUAAUCGACAGACGUCACCGUUUUACCCCGCCAUCAACUCCAAAUUUCCCCGCAAGCGCACAAUGACGAUCACCGCCACCGACAACGCGGGGAAGACCUCCUCGGAGGUGCGCAUCGAGGUCAUCACGCAGCCCGAGGACUUCACGCAGGUCAAUGAGGUCGUCUGCAACGCCUUCGGCCACCAGGUCCGCGACGGCGUCUUCAUCUCCAUGAACCCUGGUUGGGACACCCCUGAGGGCCAGGCCUUCCACGCCUCGCGCAUGGCCAACCGCUUCAGCUCCGUGACCAAGAACAACAAGGGCGAGCCGAACACCGUCUUCCUCAAGGCCACCCUCCCGGACCCUGAGCGGCCCGGCCAGCGGAGGAUCGCCGGCAUGGCCAUCUGGGUGCAGCAGUCGGCCGUCGAGGGCCACGGCGACGCGCCGCCCAAGGACCUUAUCAAGGACCUCAACCUCGAGUCCAUCUUCCCCGGCAACGAGGCCGAGCAGCGCUACGCCGCCGCGUGUAUGGGGUCCCUCCACAAGCGGCGCGAGGAGGUUAUCCGCGAGAAGGCGGCGUCGGACGAGCCGGCCGUGUUCGUGCUGGACAUGUGCGCCGUGGACCCCGCGUUCCAAGGGAAGGGAAUCGCCAAGAAGCUGGUGCAGUGGGGUCUUGACGAGGCCAAGCGACGCGGCGGGCUCGAGCUGCUCCUCGAGGCGUCGAGCAUGGGCAGACACGUGUACUCGAAGCUGGGCUUCAAGCAGGACGGCCCCGAGAUCGAGUACGAGGUUGAGGAGCAGUUUACGCACCGCGAUAGGCCGUCCAACAUUUUUAUGCGCACAGGCGGGGGCCAGUGAGGCAUCUUGCUUGAAUUCC